AACUAAAAAUUAUCAAGAAAGAAGUAGGAUAACAUUUAUGAAAGAGGAAUUGUUUUAAUUAACUAGUGUUCAGUGCAUAAUGUAUUUAGUUUUAUGCGCUUUCAAUUAAAUGUAUCAUAAGUUGAUAAAAAAGAAUAAAGGAGCCCAAUAGAGAAAUUGAAAAAGUAGUUCUUUGUUUAACAUAAGUAGAGUAGAAUAACAAAGAAAAAAAGCAUGGCCAGCGCCUUGGAGAAUUUUGUGAAUAGUGUGCGAACCCAUAGUUCAUCAGGAUUGUUUGAGGACUUAGCUACCCAUUUGCUUGAAUGUGAUGAAUUAUUAAACAAAAACUGGAGCAUACUUGAUAAUGUGUUGGAAACGCUGAACGUAUCACAACAUUCUCUAGGUGUCCUUUAUGUAUUGGUAGCAAAAUUCAAUUGCGCUGCAAAUUUGAAUCUAGACGCUGAUGCUAUCUUUACAUUAUUUAAGGAUUUUAUAGAACAAUGCGAUGUUUACCAAGUUCAACUAGCUGCCCAUGUCUACUACGAAUUAUGUCAUCUGUUUACCAAAAAAAUAGUCACACAACCUAGCUGCAUAUAUGCCCUUAACGUAUUAGCGGCUGCCAUUAAUCAAAUACGUAGCAGCGAGUCUCAAUUGACGCCUAUACACGCCGAUCUAUGUAAGCUUAGCCUUAAGUCAAAAUGUUUUAAGGUGGCAUUAAAAUAUUUAGAUACGGAUAUUACCUCCAUAACAACUGCUUCGGAAACACGAGUACAUAAACCGGAUCCAAAUGGUGAUGCUGAAUACUUUCUACUAUAUUACUAUUAUGGUGGCAUGAUUUAUACGGCGGUUAAGAAUUUCGAACGUGCUUUAUACUUUUUUGAAGCCUGUAUAUCAACGCCUGCCAUGGCGAUGUCAUAUAUUAUGCUUGAGGCGUAUAAAAAAUUUAUAUUGGUUUCAUUAAUAUUGCAUGGCAAGAUUGUACCCAUACCGAAGUAUUCGUCUCAAGUAAUAUCUCGUUUCAUGAAACCAAUUGCUCAGGUCUAUCAUGCAGUGGCCAUUGCCUAUGCCACCGCUUCUAGCGAAGAAUUACGUGCCGUUAUUAAUAAGUUCAGCGAAACAUUUCUACGUGAUAAUAAUAUGGGUUUAGUUAAACAGGUCGCGACAUCAUUGUACAAGAAAAAUAUUCAAAGGUUAACCAAGACGUUUCUAACGUUAUCGCUCUCGGAUGUGGCCAGCAGAGUUCAAUUGCCUACAGCUGCUCUAGCGGAAAAAUAUAUAUUAAAAAUGAUAAAAUCUGGUGAAAUUUAUGCCAGUAUCAAUCAAAAGGAUGGUAUGGUAAUAUUUAAAGAUGAUCCUGAAAAGUAUAAUUCAUCGGAAAUGUUCCUCAAGAUUCAACAAGACAUGGAUAAGACUAUGAAUCUAAUAAAAAAAAUUAAUGUAAUGGAAGAAGAUAUCAUACUUAAUCCUAUGUAUGUGAAAAAGGCUAUUGGCAGUCAAGACGAGGACAUAACGUCUCAGCAAGCAAAACCUUAUUCAUGUGAUCCCAUAGAUUGAUGAUUGAAUUUUCUUAAGACCAGCUAUACACGUACGACUGCUAUUGCAACAUUUUUUAUUUAAACAUAAUAAAAUAUUUUCGCAUCGUUAAAUUACACAUCAUAUGCGUUAAGCGUUUCUCUCAAUUUCGAUAAAACAAGGAUGAAUUAAAGAAAGGAAAGCUUCAGAAACUAGCAAACUCAUGAACAUUGUUUUUAAAAAAUAAAAAAAUUAAAAAAAAAAGUUUACAAAAACAAAAAGGAUAUUGAAGAAUAAAAAAUAAAAUAAGCUGAGAAUGCAAUUUUAGAAACCAAAAAAGUUACAAAAAAAAGAAUGAAAGAAAAAGAAAAUGUGUUAUUUCAAUGAUUAUUAAACUAAAUUUUCAUAUUAAUGUUUAAAGAAAAGUAAACGCUGUAAAUUUACAAACAAUAUCAUAAUUAAUUCCGGAUUCGAAGUUACUUUUGAUAAAAUUCAAUUUAAAUGCAAUUUCUCUUCGAUCGCAGACUAUGCAGACUAUGUUCAUUAAAUAUGUAGAGUGCCGUUAGAUAACAGCGGUAUAAAAAAUGACAAUAAAGAAAAACAAGUUCAGAAUAAUCUUAUCAUUAGGCGACACUUACGAGCAAUUGUAGAUUAUUUUAAUGUUAUUAGAUGUUUGCAAAAAUAUUGAUCACUUUUUCAUUUGAAAAAGGCAUUGAUACAAUAUAUAUUAAUCAACCAUUAUUUUCCAUUAUUUUGUACAAUAUUUUACAAUAUUUUUGCCAACAUGGCACCUGCCGAGCCACUUUCGCACUUCUUCAACGUGGCGGAUCCGCGGGCCGGCCAAGCCAUGCUGCACCGAUCUGCACAUGUGGUAAUCAGGAAGCGCCGUGUCGGGUGUGCACGCUGCUUGUGACAGAACUUCCCAUUCGAGCUGCAACUGCGCAUCCCGGGCAACUCUUGCAAAAAGUGGCCAACAAAUGGUAUUUUCACUCACUUGUCAAUCGUUGAACCCAAAACUGAAAAUUGAGAUAUGAUGGAGCAGCAUCACCAUAAGCCUCUGAACGUAUUUGGUGGAGUUCGUCAGCAAAUGUCGUCAAGUAAACAAUAAAAAUAGUGAAUUUGAAAGAAGACGAAUUUUGAGCGCUGCAGGAUUAGCGUACGCGUACGCCGAAUAAAUCAAUAAUAUUAAAUUGAAAACUGUUAUUUU